AACCCGUCCUUGUACCCCUGAGCUGGGACCUGGGGUGGGGCAACACGAGCUCUGGGAAGGGGAGUGAUUUAUUCCGCAGCUCUGGAAGCAGCCAAGAUGAUGUCAAAGAAGUUUUUUCCAGGAUGAGCCUGUGCAGAGGGGAGAGCUCCUGGUGCUGGAGCCGGGUCACCCUGGCCGUGGCGCAUCCGUGGAGGUGUGGCUGCCUUGGGGCGCGCUCGUCAUCCCGCUGGCGGCUCCAAAGCCCGGCUCUCCUCUCAAACCAGCCUCUGGCUCCCCUUAUCUGACUGUUCUGCUCUUUAAAAUUAACAGAAGCUCUCGUCAGGCGCUGAUACGGAGACAAAGAUGAUUUUCUUCCUGCUGAUUAUUCGGCAGGGGUGAGCGCUCCUCUGGAUCAGCUCAGCCAGAUUUAAUAACCAGCUCAGCUCCGUCAGACUGGGAUGAAUUAAUCACCGUCUCGCACCAAAACUCUCCAUUUUGAAGAACUUCUGUGACUGCUCUGACUAUUUCCAUUCCUCUCAUCUCCCCAAAAUUCCAGUGGGUGAUCAUCAUUAUUUAUCAUUCCCCCUUAUUUAAGUUAGGCUGACCCUGGUACCCUUUCUCAUUUGGCGCAAUUCACAAUGGCUGGACCACCCUCACCCCAUCCUACACUUGCCCCCUCAGCUGGGCUUCCAGCACCGCGGGGCUGGGUGCCCAUCACCCUACGGCCGGGCCACCCUCACCCCACUCUUCCCUCACCCCACUCUUCCCUCACCCCACUUUUCCCCCCCCUCUUCCCUCGCCCCCCGACGGGGCGGCCGCUGCCGACUCCGGGAGCUCCGCGCGGUCCCUGCGCGCACCCGCCCCGUCCUCUCCGCGCCUCUCCGUCCUUCCCUGCCGGGAGAAUGUCCCUGGAUGCGGGCCCGAGGGCGAGGGAGGGGCUCCCCGCAGCCCCGCGGUGCUCCCCGCGGUGCCGGGGGCGGGAUGCUGCUCCCCCUGCGGUGCGGGGCGGCGGGAUGAGCGCGUCCCCCCGGGUACCUGGAGCGCCGAGCGCCGUGGGAGGGAACGUCCUGUUCCUCCGGGACUGAAAGGCUCAGGCAGGGGGAAAAAAAAAAUAAAGAACGACAAAGCAAGACAAAAAAAAAAAAAAAAAAAAAACCCCACACCACAAAAACCCGGCUGAGAACGGCUGUGCCGGAGCCUCCCGGUGAACACCCAGCGAAGGGAACGCUCCUCCUCGUCCUCACGGAACGUCGGCGGGCAGCGGCGGCUCCCAGGCCUGAGCACCCCGGAGCCCUCGGCAGAGCUCACAGGCUCAUCUGUGUUUGAGUUGUGGAGAAGCUGCAUCGGCCACGGGGGCUCCCAUGGCUCAGCUGCCCAACGACUCCUGGCACAAUGACUCAGCCCUGAUCUUCACCGGCCUGGACCUGCUCCUGGAGCUGAAGCCACUCUUCAUCCCGCUCUACGCCACGCUGGUGGUGGUGGCGUGCAUCGGGAACCUCUUCCUCAUCCUCCUCAUCGCCCUCACCAAGAAGCUGCACUGCACCACCAACUUCCUCAUCGGCAACCUGGCGGUGGCCGACUUCAUCAUGUGCCUGGCCUGCGUGCCCCUCACCGUGUCCUACGCCUUCGAGGAGCGGGGCUGGCUCUUCGGCGUGUUCAUGUGCCACUUUGUCACCCUGCUGCAGGCCGCCACCGUCUUUGUGUCAGUGCUGUCCCUCACGGCCAUCGCCAUCGACCGCUACGUGGUGGUGGCGUACCCGAUCCGCCGGCGCAUCGGCCGCAGGGCCUGCGUCGGCCUCGUGGCCUGCAUCUGGCUGCUCUCCGUCGCGGCCUCCAUGCCCACCUCGCUGCACACCCACUACCUGGACCUCAACGCCAUCGGCCACGACAUGAUCAUCUGCGAGGAGUUCUGGGAGCACGAGGAGAGGGAGCGGCUGCUCUACUCGUGCCUGAUGCUGCUGCUCUCCUACAUGCUGCCGCUGCUGGCCGUGUCCGUGUCCUUCUGCGCCAUCACCCACCGCCUGCGCAGGAGGAACGUGCCCGGCGCCGCCCACCACUGCCAGGACAAGUGGACCAGGACCAAGCACAAGACCUUCCGGGUGCUCAUCGUUUCCGUGGUCUGCUUUGCCAUCUGCUGGCUCCCUCUGCAGGUGGUCAACUUCAUCCGGGACAUCGACGAGGAGUUCACCAUCCUGGACAAGAGGUACGUCAACGUCAUCCAGGUCUCGUGCCACCUGAUCGCCAUGAGCUCCGCCUGCUACAACCCCUUUAUCUACGCCUCCCUCCACAACAAGUUCUGGUUCCACCUCAGCAGCUACUUCUACCGCAAGAAGCAGAGCUCCAGGACCAUGUCCUGCAAGGCUUCCCGCUUCAACACCUGCUCCACCCUGGCAGACGUUCCCACCAUGGCCUCGGACAAGAUUGCUUUGCAAUCCAGGUUGCCUUAGCUGGAGGACCUUGAGGGAUUUGGCUUGCAUAGCCCUGUGUCCCAAAGUGUGGCUGGGACAUAUCCCCAUAUCCCGAAUCAUGGCUGGGUGUGGCAGGUGUGCUGUGCUACAUUUGGAGCACGCAGACUUCACCCCGUGGUUUAUGCAGGGGGAGGAUCAGUGUCUGAGCAAGGCAAUCACCCAUUGUGUAGAAAACCCUUUGGAGAGUGCACAUCUUCAUUUUUGUGGGAUAUAGAUUGUUUCUAAGCAACAGGCAGCACUUUGUGCCACAGGAAGAGGUCGACUUGCACAGGGAGCCAUGAAAUUGCUGCGUAUUUAUCCUUUAAAAUUGUGGCUUACUGGCGAAGGGACAAGCUGGGCUCAGAGAUGUGUGUUCUGCAGGUGCAGACAGGGGCACGUGGCUGCUGACAGCAGGUUUGGAAUGGCUGUGACUCCCACAACCUGCUUGGCCUGCUGGAGGAGCCGCCCCCACAGCCUGGCAGGGCAUCCCAGUGUCUCCAGCCAAAGUUGCGGAUGCAGCUGGGCACAUCCAUGAAGCCAUGGCUGCUCCUCAUGGCCAAGCAGGACUCGAAAGAUCUCAGGUGAUGAGUUUGCUGGGGAUGAUGCCUCAGAUUCUGCUCCCAGGGAAACUUGGCUUGAUGUAUGUCCACAUUCAGGGUCCUGCAGUGGAGGUGGGAAUUCCAGUGCCAGGCUGUUCUAUCCCAGAAGCUGCCAGCAUAAGGGUGGCUUUGCUUGUCACUGCUCCUUGGAGUCCGAGGUGCCUCUGUGUAAGCAGCACGUGAAGAAGGCAGUGUCUCCUUACACCCAAUCCCCAUCUAGGUUUUAACCUCUUGAUUUCCCAGGAGAAACCCUUGGGAACAGCCCACAGGCACCAGUACCCCCAGAGGCACCACAGCUCAGAGCCACGGCAGCUCCCAGCUGCCCUGCCCUGUGGGGCCAAGCCAUGACCUCCCACUGCUCCUCAUGCCCGAGGACAGGACCUCAAAGCCCUUCAAAGCCGCCGGGCGACGGGUCCUCAGCCCUGCAUGGAACCUGCCUGUGGCACUGGCCAGCAUUCCCGCUUCUGCCAGCAGCUCGGGAGCAUCCAGCACGGACACAGCUGGACCCCAGCAGCAUCCCCGAGCCACUCCUGUUAUGCCCAUCCACAAGGUCGCUCACCUUCCUGCUGAGGCCCUCAUGGUGGCCCUGGAAGGACUUGUGAUCUUCUGUGGGGUGAGCAGCAGGGACAGAGACGCAUCCAAUGCAGUGCCAGUGGCAUUCCCACAGUGCAGCUCCCUCCUCGACUUCCUGCAGCUUCCUUGGGCCUGGGCUGCUCAUCCCAGAGGAGCCCAGCAAGGCAGAAGGUCCCUGUUUGUCAUGCCUGUAAUAAAGGUUUCAAGAGCUUGGACUGUGUGUGUGUGUUGAUGUGAAUCCCACAAACCCCAGAAACCCUUGGCUGCAGCUCAGUCACAUCCCAGGAGGAUGCCAGCUUGGAUGUGAUCAGUUCUGUCCCAGUCCUGGGCACUGGCAGACCCUUGGAGAUCAGGCUGGGAUUAGUGCUGGGCCAGGUUGCUCCAAGCUCCAUCCAGCCUGGCCUUGGGCAUUGCCAGCGAUGGAGCAGCCACAGCUUCUCUGGGCAACAUGUGCCAGGGCCUCACCAUCCUUGGAGCCAAGGAUUCCUUCCCAGUAUCCCAUUUAACCCUGCCCUCUGCCUGAAGCCAUUUCUUCUUGUCCUGUC